GACUGAGGAGGAGAGUUUCUAAUUGUCUGGUGUAUCUAUCAAACAUCAGAAUGAUGCCAUUGGACAUUUCGCUAAAGAUCGAGGCUUUCCCUCUUUGUUCGCUCCAACAUGGAUGUCGGAGUGACCCUGAGACGGCACAACCCAGUGGACAGCAUCUGCCGCAAGCUGCAGACCAUCCAGCGGCGAGAUCAAGAGGUUAACUCGCCCUUUCAGAUCCCAAAAUUCCAGUCCAGCAGCUACGACAGCCCUCACUCGGGUCUACACGUCAACCUGGAGGCCAUCCUGAAGAAGCGUACCGUCCGAACUGACGGAGGCUCUGACCGCAAUUCCUCUGAGAGCUUGUUGACCCCCACAGCUUCCCCGGGACCGGGGUCUGUCCCCAACACCCCUCGUACUCCAAUCACACCUGGCAAUGCUACCUAUACCAUCACCAGCAUGCUAGGCACGUUAGGGGAGAGGAGAAAUACAACAACGUACAGUCGGCCGUUUCGGCAUAACUGCUCCACCCCAGCAGCCCAGACUGGGGACAAUUACUUUAACUUUACCCCACGCUACUCCACACAAAACCUGCUGGAGGGGCCUGACACAGAGGUGAAGACCUCAAAGAUCCCAGCUCCUGGCUUGUUUUCGUAUAACCUGAACUUCUCCUCAGAUAUUUCUAACAUGGACACUGAACUCGCCUACCCGGCCCUCGUGGUCAAGAGACUUUCACUGGGCGAGGGAUCUCUGUUUCCCUCCGAGCCCAAGAAGGAGAGCAUGGCUGAGGUCAGUCUGAUUUGUGAGGAAGACCUGUUGGACACUAUUUUUCAGGCCUGUGACACACAGUGCAGAGGUAAAGUUUAUGUAUCACACAUUGUGGACUUCUUGAGACACACCACUUGCCGCAGUUCAGAGGACAGCGGCCUAGAGGAGCUCUGCAAUAUGCUGGACCCAGAGCACAAGGACAUCUCCAUAGACCUGGACACGUACCAUGCCAUCAUGAAGGAGUGGAUCGAUGAUUGCCACAACCAGGCUAUUGUCCAUGUGUUAAUUUGGGAUUACGGAGUUAAUUUUGGAUCCAUGUUGUGCUUGCUUCAGCUGUUGAGAGCAGACAAGAACAAACUGGAGAGUCAAAUGCAGAUGAUGCAACCUGAUAUGACAAUCCCAGGUCUCUCUCUUUCUGUGGCCUACAGACUAAAUCAGAUGAGUUCAGGCUCUCUUCAGACAGAGUUGGCACUGGCACAGAAUCCCCUGGAGGGUUUGGAGCAUCUGUCCUCCUCUGUUUGUUUUGCAUCUUCUCUGGAUGUGACUCUAGAUCGUGAAGUUCUUCUGCUCCUGCAAGGCCCGACUCCAGAGCAGCUGUCUCUAGAGUAUAAAACUCUGAUCAGCAGACUGAAAAGGGAGUUUAAGGAAGACUGCAUGACCUGUCUCACAGCAUUCAGAGGCCUUACAGAGCACAUUGAAACUAAGGAGGUCAACACUGACCUCAAGAUACAGGGCCUGGAGUUUAGGGUACAAGAGCAGGAGAAUCAGAAGGAGCAGUUGCAAGAGGAACUUGACCGACUAAAGGCUCCGCUGGACAACAGAGCGGCCAGCAGCCAAACACCGGAUCACCUACAGCAGGUUGUGGAAGAGCUGGAUGGCCCCUCUCUUGAAUGGGAUGAGGAAUAUGUGUUGUCUGAGUCUCCACCUUUACAAGAGCUCGGGCCUGACCAGGAGAUGCUUCAGGAGCUCUGUUGUGAUGAAGAAGAACUACAGGCCCUGAAACAGGAGGAGGAGGAGGAGGUGGAACACACAGAGACUGUGGAGGACAAGGAGAAGAUAACGGAAAGGGCUGAGGGAGAAGAAACUCUGUUUGUGGGUGAGAGAGGAACGCAGAGGCCUUUUACAUCUCUGAAGGAGGAAGACAGACUCCCAGAGUGCACUGGGCCUGAGGACGCCCACGAGCAGGCUGCUCCUCUGCCUCACACCCACAGUCAGUGUGCUGAUGAUACAUCUGUGAGCUCCGAGAUGCCCCAUGAACAGGUGACCUCAGUCAAAGACCUUAUUUCAUCUACUGAACCUUCCUCCCUUGUGACCUCCGAGAUGGUAUCUCCCUCAUCGGGCCAGCCUGAAGUUGGUGAUUCUAAUACAGGAAGGACCCAGCAGCCCAUUGCCACAAACCGAGGAUCUGAGGGAGAGCGUGCGGCCGCCACAGCCGACAUGAGUGACUCGCAGAGACUGAGUGAGGGACAGCUUUCUAAAGUGUCUGCAAAAUCGGACAAGAGUCUCUUGCUGCCAGUAGCAGAGGAAGAGGAGGCCAUGCUAGAGGAGGCGGAUGUGAUAUCAACUGGUGUGAACUCACCAGACAAAGACAAAUCAGACAGCAAAAGGACAGUGGUCACAUCUGAUUCAAACUCCGCAGCCUCAGCUGACUCAUUGAAGGAUCCUUCUGAAAAAGCGAAGGACAUGACCUUUGACCCCACAGUCAGUGAGGGUAAUCUUCCAACAAUCUCUGCUGUGCAAGGCUCCAAAAAAGACCCUCUGACUCUGAGGAACAAGCUCAAGAAGGAAAUGAGCAGUAUGGAAGCCAUUGAGGAGCAAAAAGCUCAGGAGGAUGGCGAGCCUUCAGUGGCCACAGAAAAAGAAGGUGACACAUCUGUCAUCUCUGAAAAUGCCAGCGAUUCCACCAAAGAUGACAAGAACAGCCUGUCACCAAGUGACAAAGAGAUAGAGGCGGAGUUCCACCGGCUCUCUCUGGGAUUCAAAUGUGACAUGUUCACCCUGGAGAAGAGGCUACGCCUGGAGGAGCGUUCACGAGACCUGGCUGAGGAGAACGUCCGGAAGGAAGUGAACAGUUGUAAAGGUCUGCUGCAGGCCCUGAUUCCACGGUGUGAGGAAGAUAACCAGUCCAUGGAGAUGAUCCAUCGUCUGCAGAAGAACCUGGAAGUCCUCAUCCAAUCCAUGACCAGAGUGUCCAGCCGUUCAGAGAUGCUCGGGGCCAUUCAUCAGGAGACCAGAGUGGGUAAAACGGUGGAGGUGAUGAUUCAACAUGUAGAGAACUUGAGGAGGAUGUACACCAAAGAGCACGCAGAGCUGUUAGAGCUCAGGGAGAACUUCACGCCGAAUGAGAGGUCUUUUGGGUCCCACACUGAGAGGGAUGAUUUUAGAAACAAGAAGCAGUCAACCGCAAACAUUUUCAAAACCACUAGCCGACGCAUCAGUAUAGCUACCAUUCCCCGCAGCAGUGGAGGACAGACCCAUUUUGACAUUCCCAAAGACAUGGCAGAAACUGAGGUAGAGAGACUCUCCCGCCGAUCACCAUGGAACAUGGCAGCCAAGAGGCCACCACUAAAGCGCUUCAUUAGCUCUGGUACUUGGGCUGACAUAGAUGAGCCCACUCUGAUGAAUAGGUAUGGAUAUGACACAGACUCUCACUCAGAGAAGGAGCGGAAAGAGGAACCAGAGGAAAGAAGGACUAGCAUAACAGAACUAGGCAUCAAAAUCACCUCCUUCUUAAUGCCAAAUAAAACUCCCAGCCCCAGCCCAACAGAUCACGCUCCACCCAGUCUGAUGGAGGGGAGGCCUGCAGUGUCCAGAGGCACCAGGGGUAUCUGGAUUUGGGUGGCCUUGCUUGUAGUUCUAGCUGUUCUACUGGCUCUGUUGGCCAGCCUGAUGUUACAGCCUGCAGUAGAUGCAGCACCUGUGGGCACCGGAGACUCCUGGAUGACCAUCCAGCAGCUUCUGUGGCCCUAUACUGGGCUGAGGCACAACGGCCAGCCCCCUGUGUGACACCAGGGGGUUCGGCAAGGCUGCAGUGGCUGGUCCUGACAUUCAGAAAAAACUCCGGCUACAAGAACUGUGAUGCAACACUGCCGCCUGUCUUUCUAAAAGAACACUUUGUGACCAUUUAUUACCGAAGGUAAAAAGAAAAGUGGCCGUCUCGAGAGAGAUGUGCUGAAAAAUGCAGACUGCUUGGAUGCUGUGUACGCAAACCGUAGUGUUGGCCAUGUAUGUAAUAAGCACUUUUAUGAGACCGUCAGUGCCAGCAAGUCACAAGGAGGAUAUUUGGAUAGGAGUGAGAUGAGCAGACUGCAACAAUGUGAAUGUCAAAUAUUAUAUAUCGGUUGCCCGAAAAGGCUGCCUUUUUAAACAUUUUGAAAUUGAUCAGUGUAUUUUUAUGGGCAGUUUGAAAAAGUAAGAUGAAACAUUUUUAAAAAUAUAUUUUUUCUUUUUGUUAACUUAUUUUACAGUUUUAUGCAGUAGAGUUUUUUUUCAAUAUUAUUAAUUGUUACAAACACAUGGUUUUUAAUCCUCAUAAAGCUGUUGGUUUGGUGUUCAUUGUAAAAAGUUCCUAUACUUUUGUAUGUUCCAAAGAGGGGGGAGAGAAACUUUGCACAAUAAAAGAAACUGAUCCAACUAAUCUCAUUA